AUGUCAGAAGGCUAUAUUUUGGCUGCUCUUGAAUUCUUAAUACAAUAUGGUGGAACUCAAAGCAUUAAAGACUUGUGGGUACUAAUGUGUAACAAAUUCCACCAAGUUUCUGAUUUUAAACAUGGUGUUGGGAAAAGUCAUCACAGUUUCGAGAAAUUUUUGUUAUCUAACCCAACAAUCUUUAAUGUUGCUGAUAAUUUCGUUUGUCUUACUGAUAUUAGCAACCCUUUAGAAAAUGAAAGGGACUACUCACAUCAGUAUAAUAGUCGUUGCAAUAAUACUUCUCUUAAAAAUUCAAAAAAUAUCCGAAGUAAAUACACCAUAGAGUCAGAAGCUUCAGCCGUUCGAUAUUUCCAAGAACAGUUGCUAAGAAAACCAGAAAGAUGGGUCCCAAUAAAAAACUUGGCUGGACAUUUAUCACAGGCAUCUCCUCAUAUUAGACUAUGUGUGGGACCACAGUCCGAAUUCCUUAAUUUUUUGACGCGGCACUCACUCAUCUUUGAAAUUCAGGGUGAUCUGGUUGGAUUAAGGAACAGGACCAAAGUAGUUUCCUGCACACCUCAACAAUCUAUUAAUAAAAAGAAAGGAGUACGGCCACUGUCAUCACAUUUUCCUGAUGAUCUACACCGGAUAGCUGUUCCCUGUUCUCGUACAGACAAUCAUUUCUUCAGUCUUCACCGCACUGGCCACGAGGAACCGGCACCUAAAUUGCAAAGUGAAGAUAAUAUUAUUGUGUGUUUAGACGACUGCAAAGCUAUAUUUUGGGUAAUGUACGUCAUAAAACAUAACCUAAAGGAUGAAAUUAUGAUUUCAAGAUUACUUGCAGAGCUUUCAAAUGCCCCUGAUUUGGUGAGGAAUUGUAUUGGUUGGACUCAGAUCGAGCUUUCGGAGUUUCUCAAAAAAUAUAACAGGAUAUUCACUGUUGAUGAUGUUACCGGUGUCGUCGCAGUACACUACACAAACAAACUUAAUAUUUUUGUUGCCUCAAGGCAUAUAAAUGAUUCUUCUAGUGGCCUAAUAGUUUCUCAAAAGGGUUGCAUCUUUUGUGUAAACAGGCUAUGGGGAAUAAUUGAUCUCGGAUUUCACGAACAUGUCUUCUUCGACAGAUCGCUAUUUAAGAAUGUUACAGACCUUACUAAACAUUUCAAGAUUAAAGAAGUAGUUUAUUUCAAUGCUAUUUUAGCACCUAAAGAUUCUCGUGCAAAAUGGCGUGCUACAUGUGUUUGGAAAGAAACUGAUCAAAUAAUUAAUCAGUUAGCUAAAGUCAAUUAUCCUGAUAACAAUACUAAUAAUAAUAAUAACAGUAAUUUACAACAUUCUGAUAAUCAAUCCCAUCAACAUCAUCAUCAUCAUCAACAACUUAAUGAUGAUCCUGAUUCCGGUUUAGAUAAUUCUGAUGAAAUAAUAGAUCCCAAAAAAAAUAAAUUGAACGAUGAUCCAAUAAAUAAAAGAGAUCAGUCACUCAAGUCUUUAUUUGAUGAAGAUAAUAUGUCAGUAGAGUAUGAAUUUAUUAUUAAACAGUUUGCUAAUGUACGUAUGGCUGAUGUUUGGGAGAUUGAACAGUUUACAAAUCAGUUAAAAUGUACAAAUUCAGAUGUGCUCAAUAGUAAUACUAAUAGUACUGUUGUGAAUCAUAGUAACAAUAAUAAUAAUCAGUAUAAUCAUAUCAAAGAUCAUCAUCGUCUAUCGUUAUUAUCACAAUAUAAUCCAAUUGACCAUGAACGUAGUUUAUCAAUUAGUAAUGAAUCACUGUCCGAUCUAAAUACAUUAUCUGAAAUACCUAGUAUUAUGUCUGGUAUACAACUGGAACCACCAUCGACAAUAGUAUCUUUAAAUUACUCUGAACAUGAAACCGAUCAUGGUGACAGUCCAAGACAAUUAUAUAAACUACCGACUCAUAAACCAGGUUGUCCAUGUCAGUGUCUAUUAUCAUCCACACUAAUUCAAGAGAAAAAAUCCAUGAAUAGUGUAACUACACAAACAUUGUUUACAGGUGAAGUUAAAGGAAAAUUUUUUUAUCAUGAAACACAAGAUGGUCAUAAUCAUCAUUCUUGAAUUCUAUUGUUAUUAACGUCGUAGCGGUGUGUUUCUUUAAAAUCAUUUUUAACCAUAAUUUCUCCCUAUUGACUCUUUUUAUUUCGAAUCCAUUUUAGAUAAUCAUGUAGCAACACACAGUUUAUUUCAUAAACUGAAUUAGUCAUUAGCUUGUUAUGAAUUUGUGUAUUCUAGAUUUACUCCGAUAAGACGUUUCCUAAGUCUUAUCUAUCUUGAAUUACAUUUUUUCUCCUUUUUUUGCUCCUACUGACAAUAAAAACACCAUCGUAUGACUAUCUACAUGGAUAGUCUUAAUACUGUCAUUAAAAUAGAACAGGAUAGGUAAAGUACUCAGCCAUCAUUAUGAUUCAUAGUUACUUUUAUCUACCUAAGUAAAGUAUUCCAAAUACAAAAAAGAUAACAAUAACCACUAAUCAACUUUGUCAGUUUUGCGUAUAUCUUAAAAAAACGAAAAAUCGACUGAUUUUUCAUUGAUAUUGUCGUCAGUUUACAUGAUGAUGUGCUUAGUCUGUGGUGAUUUCUAUUCCUGAUUUUGCUCAUAAUUCUCUAGAAAAAAUUUUUUUCUAGUAAUAGUAGUAGUAGUAGUCGUUGUUGUUGUAACUUUUCUCACUCUUUUUACUUUUUUUCUUUCUUUUUUAAAUAUUGAAAAAAAUAUAAGCAUUUCAAUCAAGAAUAAAUUGAAUAAUUUUUUCUGGUUAGCGUAUUUUUAGCGAGUUCAUUUUCUAUGGGAUGGGGUCACAACCCCCCCCUCCAAACCCAACCCUUCUCCUUUAUCCGGACUUUGGACCAGUAGUAGCCCCAAUGGGGCUCUGGGUGGAGUUAUUUCAUUUUCGAACAUUUAUUAAUACAUGUAUAUCUAUUCUUUUAAUUCAUUAUUUCUUUCAUGUGAUUAUAUUUUGUUUAUUUACUUAUUUUAAAAUGGAAUUUCUAUUCUUUUCAACGGUUAAAUAAAAGAAUAAACUCUGGGAUAUUUAAUACUCCUCAUGAUAUAUAACUAUAAUAUCAUAUUUACUCAUCUUUCAUAUUGUUAAACCAUCUUAUAAACUUGCCUCCUUACAUUACUUACAUUGAUAAGUGACAUUAAAUAUGAAUGAAAUGAAUAGGUUACUUGAUUAGUUCAUAAAACGUCAAUUCUUCUAUAUAGAUCCAAUCAUUUAUCUACAUAGAAUAUUGUAACAUAAAUCAAUGGGCAUGAUUUUUUCUUUUUCAACAAAAUUCAUAUUUCAUUAUUAUUCAUCGAUUGUAAUGAAACGUUUUCUCCGUUCUUUUUUCUCUCCAUGUUUUUCUUUUCUAUUUUCAAUGGCUGUGAAUAUAUAUAGAUAUUUUACUAAAGAAUAUUUAUACAUAAGUUACCAUAAUUGACCAUUGUAUUUGUUAAUUUACUUGAAAUUUUGCUUAGAUUACAAUCUACAGAAUGAUUACAAUGAUGUUGUUACUUUCAUAGAUGAAAUUUCAUCAAAAAAUGAAUAAAUUACGUUGUAAUAUAACUUCCAUUAGAUAUUGAUAAAUAAUCAUAUUCAUUGGAAGGGUAAUUAUGUGAAAUGAGUUUAUUAAAAUAUAAUUUAUUUUGUAUAA